AUGUCUGAUGACGAAGCGGAUCCAGAGCUCCUCGAGCUCCUCCGCCAGUCCCUGGGUUUGGGCGGCCCACCCAAAAACGCGCCGGCUGAGACCAAAGUGCUGCAAGGCGCCCAAUACGUUUUCGACAACGCCAUCGACGUUGCGCUUUCUCCCGCAAAGACAAAAGAAGCAGCAGAGACAAUAUGGCAGAUGAUGCAGGAGAGAUCUUAUUCCACUAAGACGUGGGCAUCACACGAAUUGCAUCCAAAGGAAAAGAACGAGAAGACCGUUGAUUUUAUUUUUACAAUGGAUCUGUUAAACUUUAGCUUCUGGUCCGCCGAGAAGGAUGAGUCUAAACGCUUUGCCAUAGAUUAUCGUGGAAAGCGGUGGACCGGCUACUGGAGCCUUGUUGCUGCACUACAAAGAGCUUUGGAUGAAGAGAUCCCAAUUACGAGCCCUGAAUUCUGGCAAAAUGCAGAAGAAUGCACGGAAGACGUCAUAAAGCAUGUCUUUCGGUCUGCGACAGACGAAGAAAUUCCACUCUUGCAAGAGCGGAUAGCAAGUCUCCGCGAAGCGGGUCGAAUUCUUUGUGAUGAAUAUGAUUGCAGCUUCGUCAACUGCAUUGAAGAAGCAAACAAUUCCGCUGCCGCUCUGGUAAACCUUUUAGCAGAAAAUUUCCCUUGCUUCCGUGAUGAAGCAACCUUCGAACGCAAAACCGUACGCUUCUACAAACGCGCUCAGAUUCUAGUCGCAGAUAUAUGGGCCUGUUUCCGGGGCAGAAAGUACGGUAAAUUCAACGACAUUGAUAAAAUAACGAUGUUUGCAGAUUAUCGCGUCCCGCAGAUGCUUCACCAAUUAGGCUGUCUGUUGUACUCCCCCCGGCUAGAAAGUCACAUUCGCCAGCUAAAGCUGAUUCCGAGCGGCGACAAGUGGGAGAUAGAGCUGCGUGGGGCUAGUAUCUGGUGCGUGGAACUGAUCCGUCAGAUGAUCAUGAGGAACCAUGCUGCUGCGAAGGCUGGUGCAUAUGCGGAAGGAUCGUCGUUAUCUACCUCGGGAUCGCAGUCCGUUGAGGCGUUAGACAUGAAUUUGGCGGAGGAAGAGAAGAAGCGUAACAACCUCGAGCCACGGGAUCUUGGAGGUGACGAUGAAGAAGAGGGUGGGGAAGAGAAGCCCAUGGGUGUUAAUGCCAUUUUGAUCGACUUCCUAUUGUACGAUCGGAUGAAGGAAGUGGAAAACGACGGGAAAGAAGAAAUCCCGCAUCACCGAACAAGAAGUAUCUGGUAUUAA